CUUGUUUUCAUAACAAAAACAAUGUGCUUGCCGAAAACUCGAUAGUGUCCCGCCCGAAAGUUAGGUUUUUUUCACGAUUUCUUUUAAUAAACGCCGAUUUAAAGUUGGGAAAAUGUAUCGUAUACUAGCGAUAAGAAAUUUGUCCAGGAAUAAGAACAAUCUAUUGAUUGGUAAAGGUACAAUUAACCGGUGUCAGUACAAGAAAAAUCAAGUGCAAAAUUAUUCCUUUUUAUGUAACAGAGUUGAUGGGUUUAAAACGUGUUUCAGGCUGCUUCCAGAAACUGCAUUCGAUCAGUGCAAAGUAGACAUCACAAAGCGUGUUCAUUCAACAACACCUACUGCAGAAAUGUUGGAUCCAGUGCACAAGAAAAAACGAAAGAAAACAUCCAAGAAAUUUACAGAGCUUUUGAAAGUCACUGACACAUCGACAAAGGAAACAAAAACAACAGUCCAGAAAUUGAAAGCACAGAAGCUGGCAAACUUUAUUUCUCAUCAAAUUUCUCACAGUACUAUUUCUUCGAUGAAUCCCGAAGAUAUUGUUCCUGACGAAGAAGGUGUCGCUGUCAGCUGUUCCGAUAAAAUUAUGUCUGGCAUUCCAACGAACCUUCCGUCGAAUUGGAAUCUGGAAGAGACCCCGGUUAUUUACAUUGGCAAAGACAUGAAAGAGAUUGAACUUUCUCAGGAAACAUUGGCGGAAAUUCUGGAAAGCUAUCGCGUGCUGAAAGAACUGCACGAAAAGCGUAAAACCAGCUGUGCUGCUGUUGUUAAUGAUAACCUCGAAGAAGAGUUUGUCGAGCCUAUGGAAAAGGAUAUCACAAACGAAACAGUGCUUAAGAUUAAAAAGGGCAAAAAAGCGAAAGAAGAGCCAACCAAAUCCAAAGAAAGUAGUAAAAAAUUUGUUUCCAAGUAUUACAAAAGUUCUGAGCUAGAAUUAUUAGCUCGACAGAAGAGCUUCCACGUAACUCUUAGUGCAUAUCUUGAUAUGUGUCUCACUAGGGGUAUGGUAAACCGCGCUUAUGCUACCGUUUUAAGCUAUCGACACAAACGGAAUCGCUCGUUCUUCGAUGUUUCAGUUUAUAACAUGCUCUUGCAUGGGUACGCGGCUAAAGGAAAUCUUCCAAAGGUCAAAGACAUCUUAAAAAUAUUAAAAGAAGAUAAAAUUGAUCGCAAUUCGCAAACAUACGCGGCAAUCUUUGAAUGUUUAGGACGUCUUGAAACGACAAAUGAACUGAAAGCAGAAGCGCGCUCGUUUCUACAGGAAGCUAAAAUUCAAAAACUAACCAUGAAUGAUAUCAUGAAUAACAGCAAGUUUAUCGAAGAUCAGCGAGAAAUUUUGCUUGGCCUUUUCAGAGAACUAGAUCCAGGAUUCAUACCGAGAUACACCGUUCCAGUUAUUCACUACGACAAUCAUCUACUAAAUGAUUUAAACGAGCACGUAUUGCCGAUCGAAUCGAAGAGUUUCGAGAUCGACAUCGGGAUCCCGCAGCCGGGCUCGGAAUUAAUGACCAGUAAGUUUGGAUUUUCCCGAGAUGAAUUGGAGCAAAUGACCAAUGAACAGCUCGAACUGGAAUUAAAGGGUCACCUCAAGGUUAAAAGCAUCCAAAAUAUACCUGAACCUAGUGAUAACGUACAACUUUAUCGUCGAGAGUUGGAAGAACUACGAAAAACCUGGACAAAACAAGCUUCGGUAGCAUUCAAUAGGGAUGUAAACACGCUGAAAGCCGUAACUGAAUCUAAAGCUGGUCGUUCGAUCAAUUUAUUUCCGUACCUUAAGGCUCUUGAUGUGGCGCAAUACACAGAAAUACUACUGGAUGAAGCACAAAUGUUGAUCGAGGGCUCAGAUACCUUCAGCUAUGUAAUAAGUCAUCUUCAUCGAGAAUUAGGAAAGAAAGUUGAGGCACGUUAUCAUGUAGAACAAAAACGAUCGAAUGGUGUGCUAGACAAAACCUGUGAGAUUUAUGGAAUGUAUUGCGACGCCUUGUCCGAGGGUACGAGUAGCGAUAAUCCAAGACAACUGUGUCAACGGUUAGUUCACGAAAAUCGACAGAGUGGAGCCAGCAUGGAUAUUCAAAGUAUUUCUUGGCCGAAAGCUGCCGUAAAUGGCGUUGGUCGCUUUUUGUACAGUAUCUUGAAAAAUGACUUAAAAGUUAACGUAAACGCAGCCUCGAAAAUCAAUCGGCAGGUAAAAAAUGUUCCUGCGUUCUAUUCGUUGUUCCGCUAUGAGGCUAAAAUUGCUAAAGAGCAAAUUAAGCCCCAUCCAGUGCUGGUCAAGCUGUUCCGUAAAUCACAACAGGACACUCUGAAAUUCGAUGUCAACUUAGUUCCGAUGUUGUGCCCUCCUCAGCCGUGGAGCACACCAGAGAAUGGUGGGUACAUACUGGCCAAAUCAGAAUUAAUUCGUUUGCCACAGCAAGCACACCAGCAAAUUGAAAGGAUUGCCAAUGUAAAAAAACAAGACAUGUACCCAACUUUAGAUUCAUUGAACCAAUUAGGCAGUAUUCCGUGGAGAAUAAAUGAAGGAAUGUUAAAUGUAGUGCUGAAGGUCUUCAAUGAUGGUGGUAAUGCUAAACUGGAUGUUCCUGAGCCACCAAGUUCUCUACCUCAGAUAGAAGAGUUGAAACCACGGAACGAAAUGUCUAAUUAUGACAAAUUCGAUAUGUUGCGCAAGAAAAUCUCCCACAAACGAAAGCAGGGUGACAUGUACAGUUUAUGGUGCGAUGCUCUUUAUCGACUUUCGCUAGCCAAUCAUUUCCGCAAACGGGUAUUCUGGCUUCCACAAAAUAUAGAUUUUCGAGGACGCGUUUACCCUAUUCCACCACAUCUAAAUCAUCUAGGACAUGAUCUGGCCCGAUGUCUAAUGGUUUUUCAUCAAAAGAAACCGUUAGGCCCAGACGGAUUUGACUGGCUGAAAUUACAUUGCAUCAAUUUGACGGGCCUGAAAAAAAGAGAUUCUGUCGCUGAUCGCCUUAAAUACGCAAAUGAAAUUAUGGAUGAUAUUUUAGACUCAGCAGAUCGACCACUGUCGGGAAAAAUGUGGUGGAGCAAAUCUGAUGAACCAUGGCAAACACUUGCCUGUUGCAUGGAAAUUGCCAAAGUUCACCGCUGUCCUGAUCCUACUAAAUUCCUGAGUGGUUUCCCCAUUCAUCAAGAUGGUUCAUGUAAUGGACUUCAGCAUUAUGCAGCUCUUGGUCGUGACAAACUUGGCGCUAUUAGCGUGAAUCUCGCUCCCGCCGAAAAGCCACAAGACGUUUAUAGUGCUGUUGCUGCACUGGUUGAAGAUAGUAGAGCCAAAGAUGCCGAAAACAAUAUAAAAGUUGCAAAAAUUUUAGAAGGAUUUAUUCAACGCAAAGUUAUCAAACAAACUGUUAUGACGACAGUCUACGGGGUGACCCGAUAUGGAGCUCGCAAACAAAUCGCCCGUCAAUUAGAAUACAUUGAUGAAUUCCCUAAAGAUUGGGUGUGGCCAGCCUCAAGUUAUCUGACGUCGAAAACGUUUAAUGCCCUCGGCGAAAUGUUUACCUCAGCAAAAGAAAUCCAAGACUGGUUCACAGAUUGCGCGCGACUUAUCUCGGCAGUUUGCGCACAGAACGUUGAAUGGACUACACCGCUUGGUCUUCCGGUAGUGCAGCCUUACAACCGGUCUGAUCGACCAUACCUAUCUGCCAAGUCUAUCCAACUGCCGGAACAUUUUUCCAUCGAUUCGUUUGAAAAACCGAACAUCAUGAAGCAGAAAAAUGCAUUUCCGCCUAAUUUCGUGCAUUCGCUAGAUUCAAGUCACAUGAUGCUCACUUCCCUGCAUUGCGAGCGAGCAGGAUUAACAUUCGUUUCCGUGCACGACUGUUACUGGACUCAUGCUUGCACAGUUCCUCUUAUGAAUAAGAUAUGUCGUGAACAAUUCGUUGCCUUACAUUCAGAACCGAUCCUAGAAGAUCUUUCAAAGUUUCUUGUGCAAAAAUACAGCUAUGACGAAAAUGAAAUAGCUAACGACGGGUCGGUGAUAGAUCUGACAAAACGAAAGCUGAACCGUAUUUUACACCAGUACCCAGACAAAGGAACCUUCGAUCUUCGGGAAGUACUGAAUUCGAUCUACUUCUUCAGUUAGAGAGGAAUCCAAUGAAGGUAAAUGCGCCCGACCCUGUGUUAUGAUAGUCCUAGUCAGUUGUGAUACUAAACAUGUAAGGCAUAAUCAGUGGUAUGUCUUUUGCAUGCCUAAACAAACUUCGCGGACAGUUUCUGUGAAUGUUGUAUGCGAAGCGUCAUUUAGUUUUCUUCACCUCGAAUGCACAUUUCAUAAAAGUGCGUUGAUGAAACUCAUGUGCUCUGUUUUUAUAAUUCUUAAACAAUCAAACGAAAUAAAAGUGUAAAAGCUUC